CUCACGCGCUCGAGAGCUCUAGCAGUGAAGUGAAGUGAAGUCAAAUCCCUAAUAUUAUCUGCACGACGGAGAAGAAGUAGAAGUAGAAGAAAUCGUCUCCAUUAAUCUCGACAAUGUCGUCCCCAGAAAAGAAGAGGAAGUCGCCGACAAGGAAGACGAAGAAACGUUCGCUUACGCCGUCGCCGGAAUCGACCUCAAAUCCAUCACUUCCAGAUGAUUUGGUAGUGAACAUCUUAGCCCGCGUCUCGAGAUCGUAUCACCCAAAUCUCUCCUUAGUCUGUAAAAGCUUCCGAUCGAUUCUUGCUUCACCGGAGCUUUACCAGACUCGAACCCUCUUAGGCAAAACCGAGACUUUUCUCUAUGUGUGCUUACGCUUCCCUGAUGAAGCUAAUCCUCGCUGGUUCACUCUCUACCGGAAACCUAAUCAAAACCUAACUAAGAAGAAGAAGAAGAAGAAGAAGAAAAAAGAGGAUUCAAGUGUUAAUCUUUUGGCUCCAACCCCAAUUCUCAACUCUCCUCAUGUAGAAUGGGCAAGGCUCAUUGCUGUUGGUUCUAAUCUUUACGCCAUUACCGCAGCCAUCGAAGAUUCUCCAUGCUCUAAUGUUUGGUACCUUGACUGUCGAACUCACACUUGGCUUGAAGCUCCAAGAAUGCGAAUUGCUCACACCAAUAGUGAACUUGAUAAGAAUGUGUACUUAGCUGGAAGCUCUGAAAAUCCAUAUUCUUUGAACUGUGUUGAAGUGUACAACACAAAGACUCAAACUUGGAAUCCCGUGCCGCCCCAAAAACGGAAAUUCAAGUUCGGAAAUAUGGAAGGAAAGAUUUACAUGAACCCUGUUCGAGAGAAUCCUAGGAAGGUUGUGGCUCUAAAGCCAAAGGUUAUGACAUGGGAAGCGGUAGGAUGGGAUACGGAUUUGGAUCGGGGUUCUAUUUGUAUGAUGGAGAACAUAGCCUAUUGUUAUGACCCUAGUGAAAAGUUUAGUUGGAUAAAAUUUAACACUGACGAAGAUUGGAGAAGAUUAGAGGGUUUAGAAGGGCUACCUAAGUUUGCUAGAUAUAGUACUGUUAAAUUAGCGGAUUACGGUGGUAAGCUGGUUGUUUUUUGGGACAAGUAUGUAGCUGCAACUGGUUAUAAGGAGAAGAUGAUUUGGUGUGCAGAGAUUUCGCUUGAAAAGCGCAACAGUGAAGAGAUUUGGGGGAAGGUCGAGUGGUUCGAUGCGGUGCUUACAGUCCCUAAGUCUUAUAAAUUCGUGUGUGCCAAAUCUGCUACUGUUUGAUAGGUUUGAACGUAUUGAAUCAGGUUAAUAUCUCUUUCUUGUUUUUAGUUUGUCAUAAAUGAAGGAAUGUUUUGUGUUUUUAGCGUAAUGCAAUGGACAUGUUUUUGCUUACCCGCUUGCUUUGUAGAUGAUUUAAGCUUGUUUUGUGAGUUUCUGUAAAGAAAGCAUGUGAUGAAAUUAGCAGCAAAAAUAUACAAAUUGUCGUUGCUUAUGAAUACCUGGAGUGACUUGGUUGUAGAUGACUAAGCUUAAGUUUUUUACUGCCGGAUUGAUCCCAAA